CUGCUAUUGCGAAUGUAGAAAUUGAAACUUGGUGAAUUCUUGUUUUUUUUUCAAACUCCCUAAACCACGCUGUCUAUAAUUUUUCGCUCCAAGACUACUGCAAAAAUGAUGAUCUAUUUUCUUCUGCUGCUAAAUAUUCUCUUGCUCUGUGCGUUUUUCAGCUUCUUUGUUCUUCUUUAUCUAUGUUUCCUAUCUCCCUCCAGUGUUUUAAUAAUCGAAGCACUUUCCUCCAGAAAAAAGGUCGUUUUAUUUGUAAUAACUUCUUUUCAUUGGUCCGGCACGGCAGAUUUUUCAUGUCUCUCCUUGCCGGAUUUCGUCUAAAUGCCGGUCUUAAUGAACGUGAAACUACUUAAUAACAAUAGGCACAUAUACUGACUGUUUGACUAUUUAGUUGUUUUAUUUGCUUUCGUUAUCAAU